AUGAGCAAGUACAUAAAAUCUAACAGCACAAUAUUAAAUAGCAAAAAAAAUAUUCAGUACGAUAUAAAAAGUAACUCAACUAUCGAUAACAAUUUUGAUGAUGAUACAAAAAAGAAAUAUGACCAAGCAUAUGAUGAAAUUAAAAAGAACAUAAUAAAAUUAGAAAAAACCUUCUUAGAUAAUGUAUUAUUACAAGUUAAGAAAAAAAAUAUAGCAGGAAAUAAAAACACUGUUGAAAAAUCAGCUAUUAAUGAAUUGAAUAAAUAUAAAAAAAAUAUUGAAUUAUUAAAAAGUAAAGUGAGUGUAGAAGACAAUACUGAUAAAAUUGUUAAGUUGGAAAAUAAAAUCAAAGAAAAUGAAGAAAUAUUACAAAAAUUAAUUAAUGAUAAAGAAGGUCUGGAAAAUAUAUCCAAACAACAAUUAAAAGCAAUAGAUGAAAUUUGUUUAAACGAAACACAAAUAUCUAUACAAACAAAAUAUGAAGAAAUUCGAAAAUUAAAAGAAGAUUUAAUGAAAUGGAAAUUUACAUAUAAUGAAAAUGAAAAUAUUUUAAAGAAAAAACAAGAACAAUUAAUUCAUAUAGACAAUCAAUUAAAAAAAAAAAUAUUCACCAUAAAAAAUUCAAAAAAUAAUAAUAUGUCCAGUACAAAUUCUAAUAAAAAUUUGUCAAAUAUUCAUAUACAAACACUUAAAACACAAAUUGAUAUGAUUAAUGACAAUAUAGCUAAUGAUACACAAAUGUAUGACGAAAAAAUUCAACAACUUGAAAAUAACAUAAAUUCAGCUCAAAAUGAUAUAGAAUUUUUGAAUUCACAAAUAGAAGAAAUAAAAAAG